CGGGGAGGGGGCGGCGGCCUGCCGCCGGCGGGCGGGCGGGCUGUCCCGCUCCGCUCCGCUCCGCUCCGCUCCCUCCUCCCCGCCGAGGCUGGCCGGCGCGGAGCCCGGCGCGGAGCCGCCGCUGCGGCGCGGAGGAUGCGCUGAGCGCGGGAGGCGGCGCGACCGCGGCGCAGGAUUCUCUUCCUGUCGAGAAGUCCCCACGUUGCGUAAUUGGAGGAGAUGCUGAAAGCCAAGACGUGCAAUGGCAUCAGUGAGUGGAGAACAGAGGCGUUAAAAGGCAUACCUCGCAGGCAGGACACGGGUUCCGGCGGGACUGCUGAUGUGCUGGCAGUGGAGUCCUUGCCUGAGGGCUGUGCUCAGCGGGGCGUUCCAGAUGACACACAAGGUGGCCACCUGGGACUGCGGCUGCGGCCGUUUCCCUGGGACCGCAUGUAGCGGCAAGUGUUGGAGCCAGCAGCGAGAACUGGCAGAACCGAUCCCAAAACUGUUUGGGAGUUCCCAGGGGAGCCUUGAACACCCACAGAGCUUCUCCAGCGGGCGGCAUGCAUGCUUUACCAAGGGUGAAGCAGGCGGUUGUUCGUCCUUCGCCCCACGUUUGACACACACGAUGUGUUACGCCAGACUUCCAGAUGCGAGGAGGAGACUAUGAGUGAAGAGUGUCCGGGAGAUUGCGUGCAGUUCUUUUCCUGGGUCAGGACCGGACUGAUCUGAGAACAAUAAUUAUGAGGCUGACAUGUAUGUUCUCCUUCAUCUUGCUGUUUGGAGCAGCUGGGCUCGUUGUCUUCAUUCACCUGCAGGAUCCAGAAGAAAUAGUUCAUCAGCAGACACCAGGGAUAAAAUAUAACAUGGGAUUCCAGCAACCAAAAAAAGAUUGUGUUUCCAGCAAUAACCAGGACAGAAGAUUAAGGAAAACCACUGCAGAGGGAGCAGCAAUGGCAAAGCAGAGCGACUCAUUGCAAAACAUGCCCCCCCAGCUUCAAAGCACAGACAGAAGGCAAAGCAGCAUCAUGUUUGCGAUGAAAGACCAACAGAAAGGUGAAGAAAUUAAUUCCAUCAGGCUCCAUAAGCGGAGGAGGAGAUUUAUAAUUAAGAAGAGCCCAAUUCUGAUUUCCAUGAACAGCUCCAUUCUCAACCUGCCCACGCUUAAAUCUGAGGAUAGAAACAACAGCAAGUGGAAAAGUCUCUAUCAGAUCCAAAGAGAAAGAAAGCGGGUUAUGAGGGAAACUUGUUCUAAAUAUAAGAGUAAUAACAGAAGAAUAAUCACUCCUUAUCACGUUUCAAGAAUAUUUGUAGAAGAUAAAUACAGAGUUUUAUACUGCGAAGUCCCAAAAGCCGGCUGCUCCAACUGGAAACGGGUGCUCAUGGUUCUCAACGGGCUGGCUUCGUCCACAAAAGACAUACAGCACAACACGGUGCACUACGGGAACUAUUUAAAGAGGCUGGAUGGGUUUGAUCACAAAGGCAUUUAUCACAGGCUCAACACUUACACGAAGAUGCUUUUCAUUCGUGAACCUUUUGAAAAGCUGGUAUCUGCAUUUCGGGACAAGUUUGAACACCCAAACAAUUACUACCACCCGGUUUUUGGAAAAGCCAUCAUUUCCAGAUACCGUGUGAAUGCCACCAAAGAAGCACUAAGGACAGGCUCUGGAGUCAAAUUUAAAGAGUUCAUUCAGUAUCUCCUGGACGUACACAGGCCCGUGGGUAUGGAUAUCCACUGGGAUCACGUCAACAGGCUUUGCAGCCCAUGUUUAAUAGACUAUGAUUUUGUUGGGAAAUUUGAAAGUAUGGAAGAAGAUGCAAACUUUUUCUUGCACUUAAUUGGUGCUCCACAAAAUUUAACUUUCCCCACGUUUAAAGACAGGCACUCCAAUGAAGAGAGAACUACCACUAAAAUUACACAGCAGUACUUUGCACAGCUUUCUCCUUCCCAACGACAACGAAGCUAUGACUUCUACUAUAUGGAUUAUUUGAUGUUUAACUACUCAAAACCUUUUGAAGAUUUAUAUUGAUUCGAGAGCUGGGACAUUUCCACAGUUAUAUCCGUUGAAUUGCGUAACAAAUCCAGGUGGCUCCUGUUUAUAUAUACUUGUCUGUUAGUAAACAAUCGGUUGAAGAGCAGGGAAAAAAACCCCAAAACAGAACAUAAAUGGCUAGUGAUGUUUACACCUUCACCUUAAUUGCCUCCUUUUUCAAAUCAUAUUUUUUCUAUAAUUUCUCCAUGUGAAAUGUAUGUACAUACAUGUAUAAUAUUAUAUGUCAGGGCUCCCAAAUAAAGCACAUAAUUUUC